CAAAGAGUGCGCUGUGUGCUGCGGUGAAGAAAACGAAAAGAACCGUCGGUCUACUUUUUCGAAGCCUCGCCACCUCCGAAGUGAUUCCGGACUCCCAGUCAUAAAAUUCAACACAAUGGCGUCUCUAUGUGGAAGAUUAGUGCUGAACGCUGCCCGGCGCAAUGUUACCUACACUCCGGUGCGAUUCUGCAAAAUGAUGAACGACCCGAUCGAGCACGCUACCGGUCUGGAAAAGCGCGAACUUCUGGCCAGACAGGCCGGCGAUAAUGACCCGUUCGAUAUGCGCGUGUUCAAGCGCGGCCCCGGAACCAAGGAGAGCCCCAACAUGAUUCCUUCGGCUUUCGAGUCCCGUCUAGUUGGAUGUGUCUGUGAGGAGGAUCAGACCUACAUUCAGUGGAUGUGGCUGCACCAGGGUCACCCCAAGCGUUGCGAAUGCGGACACUGGUUCAAGCUGGUCGAAAAGGCCCCCGUCUAAGCGUUUUAUCGAGAUGUAAUUGUAGAAAACAACCAUAUGUUACAACAAGCGAAAUAAAACCAAGAAGAUUGAUUUAAAACAAAAUACAACAAACUUAAAAGCGGUGAACAUGUUCAAAUAAACAUUAAGAAAAUUGAAACCCAAAUCAGUUUGUUCGUGUUCCCACAGUUUUCAUUUCGCCGCGUUUCGAUCACUGCAGAGAAAAGAAUGCACGCAGCCUACCUUUAAUCCUACCAAAAUGGGAAAUACGAAAACAUGGUGUUUCCUUUCCCGACGAAACACAUCUAAAAUAGCUUACAAAUAGGUGCGGAAAGAUAGUGUCAUAGUCCAGUAAUUAAAUAAAUGUCCGUUACAUUUAGGA